UGCUAGUCUAUAUCAGAGGAGGUAAACACGAAUCUGUCAAUCGGGUUGAAAUUCUCCAGUGAAAAAUGGCUCGACCAAAUCCGAGUAUCUUUGACUUGGCGUACGAGGGCAAUGCCACCGCUGUAAUGAAGCUCAUUACGGAGGAUGAGACGUUCAAGACACAAAUUGACAGUAACGGACGGAUGCUGCUGCAUUGGGCAGCUCUCGGUGGACAUCACGAGUUAGUGCAGUUUCUUCUGUCUCUGGGGGCUCCCGUUGACCCUCAGGACGAUACAAACAUGACACCUCUGAUUCUGGCAGCGUCAGCGGGUCGUGAGAAAGUCGUGACGAUUUUAAUAACCGAAGGUGCCAAUGUCAAUGCCCAAACGAUUGAUGGCCACUCGGCGCUUCAGUACGCUGCCAGCAAGAAUUGGCAUUCGAUCUGUCUUAAACUCAUUGAGAAAGGGGCUGAUAUCAACAUCACUGACAAUCGCGGCGCCACGCCGCUUCAUCGAGCCGCCUCCAAGGGAAACGUCGAAAUUGUCAAGAUGCUCUUGGCCCACGGGAAUCGAUUAAAAAUUGACAAAACUGAUGCUUACGGCAACUCCGCUCUCCAUUUGGCAUGCGAGGAGGACAGAAACACUGAGGCAAAGCUCUUAGUGUCCCACGGAGCUAGUUUGGAGUUGACAAAUAGGGAAAAGAAGACUCCACUGGACCUCUGCACUCCAGCACUAGCUCGACAGCUAAAAGCACUCAAGGAGAAGCCUGAAUAAUUUUUUCUCUCAUCAGUUUCAAUUUGUUUCAUGAACUGUAAUAAACGAUUCACUUAAUGACAUGAGGGAGAGAUGAGAGGAUGAAAAAAAGAAAAAUCUUACAGAAUAAUCGCGAAUAUCCCGAGAAGUGGAUUUAGCGAAAAAUGUCAGAAAAUCUUUUUCGUAGAAAAUCAAAUUUUCCACAAAAAAUGUCUUUUGAAAUUUCUUGUUAAAUUCACUCGUUUUCUAGAUAUUUGCAAAAUAAAGUGAGUAAUUUUCUUUUACAGUUCGAAAAAUAAACUAUAACAAAGAAUUGUUCACAAAACUCGUUGAUAAGUCUCAGUGGAUCAUUAAUAUUUCAUACUCAAUAAAUAAAGUUGAUAUUUUUUAAAUUUCA